AUGGUUCAUCCUCUCGUCAUCACGGCUGCUGCGACCGCAGGCGUCGGUGCAGCAGUAGCCUUCGAACUCGCCGUCUUCCGGCCCUGGCGCGACGAGAAUUGGCCGCAUGGCUUUGGCGAAGGCGUUCGCAACGAGUUCCUCAAACUCCGUCGAGAACUUGAGCAGGCAGUCGACGAGAUCUCUGGCGACUUACGCACGCUUCGAGACGGUCGAAGACGUGCCAACCAGCGUAAUGGCAGCCCGCAUCGUCGGCUCAGCGACGAUGAGCUGGACGACUUCCGCAGAGGCGUAGGCGAAGAGGCGAGCAGCGAGAGCGCUCAGCACGAAUUUGAGAUGCACGAACGUCAGGCUUCCGCCUACCGAGAUCGACUGAAAGCUCCGAUGACCGACAGCCUUACAAGCGGCAGGGAUCAGCAAGAUGCUACGCUGAGACGAAGGAGACCAGCAGGCGCAGAUGCUGCAGGAGAAAGACGAUCGGCCGUUACUGUGCCAGUGAUCGAUUUGAGGAGAUCCAAGUCGCCAGAAGUUCCGCAUCACAGUCUUGGCGAUGACCUGUCGACCUCGUCAAAGGCGAAUGACACGACCUCAGCGACGCCCAGUCCUCUCGAGACCAUGCUCAAGAAUGAUUCCGAUGGCAAGACAUUGGAAAUUUCGCAGACUGGGAUGAUUGGAGACGAGGCUGACAGCGACGCUGCGAGGAAUGGACUGCUUGGCCUCGAUUUCUGCGGACAGGCGUCGUUAUCUCCCAGUCAUCAGGACAGCCGAGCCACGACUAUAGAUCCAUUCGAAGAUGUGGUCGACGGCACUGCAUCGUCUUGGCAUGCUGUGUUCAGCGACCGAACGACCGAGCGCGAUGCUCAGGACUUGGAAGACGGAACGGACGAGGGACACUUGGUCUUGGACACCAACGGGCUUUCACAAACACUCUCGGACCAGCAGCAUUCUUUCCACGACCUGUACAUCGAUACUCGAGGUAGCAACGCCUCCGGGUCUCCCAAUUCCGUGUACCGCUCCAACAGGGCGCUGCACUCCCCAAGCCUAUCAGCAGUCCGUACGAGUUCGAACUCGGGACGCUCAGGAAGCGAGCCGGACUUUGAAGUGCUCAGCGAUACAGCCGACUCACAAGGAAGGUGGAGUCAUGUUGAUGCGCCACCCAGCCCGACUAUCUCUAGUGGCAGUGAACCGGCCGCUGUGCGAGGUAUCGACGCGAUGUCGGUGGCUAGCGACGGCCAGGAAAGCUGGGCCGAGCUGAGCGAGCCUGGUUCGGAUGGAGAUGACGCUGGUCGAGGAGACACCAGAGUGCGCUCUCUACGUGGCUAG